AUGGAGAACGGAGCAUUAAAUCAAGGCGAAGGCAAGGAUCCUUCAUCCUUCCUGUCAGAAAUCAUUGGCUCAAGAGUCAUCGUAAAGCUUAAUAAUUCUCUCGUCUUCAAAGGAGAGCUACAGUCAGUCGACGGGUAUAUGAACAUUGCGCUGGAAAAGUGUGAGGAGUGGGUUCAUGGGCAGAAGAAGACAGUUCAUGGUGAUGCUUUUGUGCGGGGCAACAAUGUUAUGUACAUCUCGGCCGACAACUCUGCUUGA